GCCAUCUCCGUCUCCUCGCCGGGCUCUGAGGUAAUCGUUGGCAAGAUCACCGUGUGAUACAGACGACACUUCAGAAUGUACUCCAAUAUAAGAUACCUUGCUCCAUCUGUCAGGUGCUUGGGUGUGCAGAGAAGUUCUUCUGCGUUAAGACCAGUCAGCAGUAGUCUGAUCACAAAUCACCACCAAGAGUCCACACAAAAUGUUUCACAGACCUGUUCGUUGGCUACUUACAGUGGUCUGUCUGGUUUGAGAGUAAACUCAUCGAACCAAAACCUGAUGUCUCUACUACAGAACCAGGUUCGUGCUUUCCAAACUAGUGCUACACAACAAGACAUUGACCAGGCAGCCAAGUAUAUUGGUGCUGGAGCAGCAACAGUGGGAGCUGCAGGCUCAGGAGCUGGUAUAGGAAGUGUAUUCGGUAACUUAGUUAUUGGCUAUGCCCGAAACCCAUCAUUGAAACAGCAGCUCUUUUCCUACGCCAUUCUUGGAUUCGCCUUGUCUGAAGCCAUGGGAUUGUUUUGCUUGAUGAUGGCUUUCUUAAUUUUGUUUGCCUUUUAAUGACAGUAGACUGUGUAAUAGACAUAUUAUGGUUUGAAUUUGAACGAGGUUGCAUAGCCAGUGUACGUUAUCUAGGGGCCCAAUCACAACUGAAGACAGUGACCCUCUCCGAUUUCGGACCGUGGUGGAUGGAGAGAUGGUGGCUUGUAUACCAACUAUUUAAUGUGAAGAAACCUUGUUCGAAAGUGUACACAUAAUAAGCAAGAGUUAGUAAAAUAACACAUGAUUUGCAUUGUACAGAACAUUCAAAAAUUUUGGUAGACCUGUUGUAUCCAUCUCUUACAAUAAAUGUUGGACUGGAUGUGUGAA